CGCCGGCCUCUGGGCCUCGGAGGAGCCGGACGGGCCCGGGCGCCGGCGCCAUGCUGCAGAAGAGGGAGAAGGUGCUGCUGCUGCGGACCUUCCAGGGCCGGACGCUGCGGAUCGUGCGCGAGCACUACCUGCGGCCCUGCGUGCCCUGCAACAGCCCGCUGUGUCCGCAGCCGGCCGCCUGCCGCAACGAUGGCAAACUCCUAUCUAGCGAUGUGACUCAUUACAUGAUCCCAGAUUGGAAAGUCGUUCAAGAUUACCUGGAAAUCCUCGAGUUCCCAGAGUUGAAGGGGAUCAUUUUCAUGCACACUGCCUGCCAGGCUGUACAGCAUCAGAGAGGCCGGAGGCAGUAUAACAAACUACGGAACCUGCUGAGGGAUGCUCGUCGGGACUGCAUUCUCUUUGCUAAUGAGUUCCAGCAAUCCUGUUACCUCCCACGGGAACGAGCAGAGUCCAUAGAGAAGUGGCAAACCAGGAGCAUUUACCAUGCGGCUGUCUGGUACUAUCACCAUUGCCAGGACCGGAUGCCAGUUGUUAUGGUGACUGAAGAUGAGGAGGCAAUUCAGCAAUAUGGAAGUGAAACCGAGGGAUUGUUUGUGAUUUCCUUCAAGAAUUACCUGGACAAUUUCUGGCCAGAUUUAAAGGCGGCACAUGAUCUCUGCGAUUCCAUCCUUCAGUCUCGGCGGGAGAGAGAGCAUGAGGCUCAGGAAGGUCAUGGGAAGGAAUACCCAGAGCAUCUGCCCCUCGAGGUCUUGGAGGCUGGCAUCAAGUCUGGGCGCUACAUCCAGGGAAUUUUGAAUGUCAACAAACACAGAGCACAAAUAGAAGCUUUUGUUCGACUUCAAGGAGCCAGCAGUAAAGAUUCAGGGUUAGUCAGUGAUGUCCUGGUUUAUGGCAUGAAGGCACGAAACCGCUCGAUUCAUGGAGAUGUGGUGGUUGUAGAACUGCUUCCUCAGAACGAGUGGAAGGGAAGGACCUCAGCCCUGUGCGAGAACGAUGGGGAGGACAAGGCUUCAGGAGAGGCGCCCAGUGAACCCAUGCCCACAGGUAGAGUGGUGGGCAUCCUUCAGAAGAACUGGCGGGAUUAUGUGGUGACAUUUCCAUCCAAAGAAGAGAUCCAGUCUCAAGGCAAAAAUGCUCAGAAAAUCCUAGUCACGCCUUGGGAUUACAGAGUUCCCAAAAUUCGAAUCAGCACCCAGCAAGCAGAGGCCCUCCAGGACUUCAGAGUGAUUGUGCGCAUUGAUUCCUGGGAGUCCACAUCCCUGUAUCCGAAUGGACAUUUCGUUCGAGUUUUAGGAAGGAUCGGUGAUUUGGAAGGGGAGAUCGCAACCAUCCUGGUGGAAAACAGUAUUUCAGUGGUUCCAUUUUCAGAAGCUCAGAUGUGUGAGAUGCCCGUGAACACCCCAGAAAACCCUUGGAAAGUGAGUCCCGAGGAAGAACGAGUGCGCAGAGACUUGCGGAAAACCCAUCUCGUGUUCAGCAUUGACCCCAAAGGUUGUGAAGACGUAGAUGAUACACUGUCGGUGAGAACCCUGAGGAACGGCAACCUGGAGCUUGGGGUUCAUAUUGCAGAUGUGACCCACUUUGUGGCACCAAAUUCUUACAUCGAUAUUGAAGCCAGAGCAAGGGCCACCACAUAUUACUUAGCAGAUCGCCGCUAUGACAUGCUGCCCUCUGUCCUCAGUGCAGAUCUGUGCUCCCUCUUGGGAGGUGUGGAUAGGUAUGCUGUAAGUGUCCUGUGGGAGCUGGAUAAAACCUCAUAUGAAAUUCAGAAGGUGUGGUAUGGUAGGACCAUCAUUCAGUCAGCGUACAAACUGUUCUAUGAAGCAGCACAGGAACUCCUAGAUGGAAACAUCAGUAUCGUUGAUGAUAUCCCCGAGUUCCAAAAUCUGGACGAGAAGAGCAGACAAGACAAACUAGAAGAGCUGAUGUGGGCCAUAAGGAAGUUGACGGACAUCGCCCGCCACAUCCGAGCCAAGCGCGCCCAUUGUGGCGCUCUGGAACUGGAAGGGGUCGAGGUCCAUGUACAGCUCGAUGGGAAGAACAUUCACGACCUCAUCCCGAAGCAGCCCCUGGAAGUCCAUGAGACGGUGGCAGAGUGCAUGAUCCUGGCCAACCACUGGGUAGCUAAGAAGAUCUGGGAGAGCUUCCCUCAUCAGGCCUUGCUGCGCCAGCAUCCUCCUCCACACCAGGAAUUCUUCACUGAGCUCCGGGAAUGUGCUAAAGCAAAAGGCUUCUUCAUAGACACACGGUCCAAUAAAACACUGGCUGAUUCUCUGGAUAAUGCUAAUGACCCAAAUGACCCCAUCAUCAACAAGCUUCUGCGGUCUAUGGCCACGCAGGCCAUGUCCAAUGCGCUCUACUUCUCUACAGGAUCAUGUGCAGAGGAAGAAUUCCAUCAUUAUGGCCUUGCAUUAGAUAAAUACACACACUUUACUUCUCCAAUAAGAAGAUACUCAGAUAUUAUAGUACAUCGGUUAUUAAUGGCCGCCAUUUCAAAAGACAAGCAAAUGGGAAUAAAGGAAAAUUUGUUCAACAACAAAGAUCUUGAAGAAUUAUGCAGACAUAUCAACAAUAGAAACAGAGCAGCACAGCACUCACAGAAGCAAUCUACUGAGCUUUUCCAGUGCAUGUAUUUUAAAGACAAAGACCCAGAAACUAAGGAGCGCUAUCUAUCUGAUGGGGUUAUUUAUUCUAUUAGAACAAAUGGUGUUCUUGUAUUCAUACCAAGAUUUGGAAUUAAAGGUGCUGCUUAUCUGAAAAAUAAAGAUGGCUUAGUGAUCUCAUGUGGUCCAGACGGUCAGUCUGAAUGGAAACCAGGAUCCCUUCAACGCUAUCAAAACAAAAUCACUUCAACCACCACAGGAGGGGAAUCUGUGAAGUUCCAUUUGUUUGACCACGUAACAGUGAAAAUAUCUGUCCAGGCUUCUCGCUGUCAUUCAGAUACCAUCAGGCUAGAAAUCACCAGCAACAAGCCAUACGUGACCCCAGAAACCAGAUUAUUUCAUCAGAGUGCCCUUCUGCAAAAAAGUGACUUAGUUAAAGAAGUUACAAGAUCUAUGGAGGAAGCACAGCUUGCCCAGGAAGUUAAAGUCAACCUCAUACAGGAUGAGCACCGAGAAUAUUGCCAGACGAAGGGGAGAAGCCUCUAUAUACUUCUAGAGGAGAUACGGGACCUGGCUCUCCAGGAUGUCUCAGGCAAUUUUGGAAUAUGAAAUACCAUCCUUACUUCAUUAAAAGAGCUUUGUUUUA